UUAGCCUAAAAGCAUCAAUACCAAUGAUUCCUCAGUCUUCAUGUUUGGAAAUAUGCCUGUUACUGCAUUACUGUUUUCAGUUUAGCCAAGAGGCGGUGCAGUUUUGUAAUGUCUAAAGAAGCCACAGGGGAAGGGAAGAGCACAAGUCAGAGCACGUUUCAUAUGUUAUGGUGUUCUCUGUACAGAUUAACAUCAUGGGUUCAGUGUUUAACGCUAAACAUGUGACUUACAUGCCAAUAAAAAUGGUCUUCCUGCUGUAUAUUCACAGAUUUGCCUGGUUACUUUUUGAAAAAUGUUUUUGCAGUAAUUCAAGGCCUCAGGCAGUUAAUUAUGAAAUGGUAUGCCCUUUUUGGGGGGAGUACAAAGGGAAAUCUCACAAUGAAGAAGUGUUGAAAGUGUCUCUUCGAGAAGAAAGAUUGUCUGUGUGAUCCAGACAGAUCAUGUUUCCUGUGUCUGAAUCAUAACACUUUUUAAAGGAUUGUAUAGCAGCAGCAUUGCCUCUUCACUCCCUUUGUCAGUAUGAUGCAAAUAUUAAUGACAUAAGAUGAGCUGAAACCUGAAAUUGUUCCAUUUGCUCCAUUUUAUUUUUAGUUGGGCUUCCAUUUUUUAUCCUUACCCCGAAACACAGCCCUUUCAAACGGGGUUUCUUCUGUAACGAUGAGUCCAUCAGGUACCCGCUCAAAGAGGACACCAUAUCCUACCAGCUGCUGGGAGGAGUCAUGAUCCCCUUCACACUGAUUGUAAUCGUAUGUGGAGAGUGCCUUUCUGUUUACCUGUCGCGCGUCAGGAACCAGUCUUUGGGGACCAAGUAUAUUUCAUGUGUUUACAAAGCUGUGGGGAGCUACGUGUUUGGAGCUGCUGCCAGCCAGUCUCUGACGGACAUAGCCAAAUACUCCAUUGGUCGUUUGAGGCCAAACUUCCUGGCUGUAUGCAACCCAGUGUGGGAUCGUAUCAACUGCAAAGCUGGUGGAUACAUCGUGAACUUCACCUGCAGCGGGGAUGAAUUUCUGGUGGAUGAAGCCAGACUGUCCUUCUACUCUGGUCAUUCAUCCUUCUCUAUGUACUGCAUGCUGUUCCUUGUUCUAUACAUUCAAGCCCGGCUGAGGUCACAAUGGGCGAGGCUUUUGCGUCCCACCAUUCAGUUCUUCCUGAUUGCUACUGCAGUGUAUGUGGGUCUAUCUCGGGUGUCCGAUUACAAACAUCACUGGAGUGAUGUGCUCGCUGGCCUUCUGCAGGGCGGGAUAGUGGCUGUUCUAACAGUUUUCUGUGUCGCCAACUUCUUUUCACAACCAGUGGAGCCAGUGGUGACACAGGAGGAAGAAGCCUCACACGCCAGUUUACAGGACAACCCUUCCAAUGGGAACCACUAUGGCAGCACUGACUGAACAUGAGGCCCAACAGACAGUACAGUGUGGGGACCUCUAUCCUUUAAAUCCAUGGAACUCAAGAAUUUGUUUUAAAUUGCUGUCCGUUUUUUGUGUGCAUGUCUUGAACAC